UACAAACGGAAACUGAAAUCUAAAAACCACCUCCAUCCGUCCCCCACAAACCCAAAAAAAAAAACAAAAAAAAAAAGAAAAAUUCUUUCUCUCGUCUUUAUUUCGUCCGUCUCUUUCCUUUUUCGCCCCCCGAAACAAACGACCGAGACGUGAGAAAAACCACCCAUCGUAUUCCCCCCUCCUUCCUGUUCGUCGCCUCGGAUUGCAAAAAAGGGUGUUCCGGGGGACACGUGUACGGCCGAGGAUGAGUCUAGGGUUCCGCCGGUGGGGGACGUGGGAGGAGCUUGUUCUCGGAGCGGACGCCUGGGACGCCGUCGCCGGCGAGGUCAGGGCUCGCUCCGCCUCCCCCAAUCCCUUCACGCGUCAGGAAUGCCAGGCUAAAUAUGAGGAAAUACAAGAGCAGUACUCGGGAUGCGAUGCUUGGUUCGAGGAGCUUCGGAAACGGAGAGUUUCUGAAUUGAAAAGAGAGUUGGAAAAAUCUGAUGACUCCAUCGGGUCUCUGCAAUCCAAGCUUGAAAGCCUUACUUCUGAGAAAGAAACAGGCUGUAAUUUUGAUCACAAUACCAGCCAGACCGAGUCAACAUCCCCCAUUGAAGAUGCUGAAACCAUUGAUUCUUCAGGGAAAGAAGUAUCCAGAGAUGGUUCAUCUACUGGUAGUUUUACGGAGAAAACUGUAAGAGGUUUGACCCACAAAUGUCAGAAUCUGGCCUCACUUUCAGUUCAAGAUAACAAUAUCAAGAUACCGCCAGAGAAAUUCUUGAUGGAGAAGUUUGGAUGUGGAUGCUUAGGGAUUGGUUUUGGAAGUUUCAAAAAGAAAAGAGGGAAGAGAAAGAGAAAGGGCCUUAAUAUAGUGAAGGAGGGUAGUGCAGGGGAUAGUGACUUGUUGAGUUCUGCCGCAUUUACAAAUAGACAGGGAUCAGAGGAGGGUUGUAUUCAAGGCACCAGUCCCCCAUCCGAGGAUUGUCAUGGAGCAUGGAUGAGAGAGGAUGGUGAUGACCACUUGAAUUUGGCUAGAAUUAUGGACUCAAUUAUGAAGCAUGAGGAUGUUUCUGUCUUCAGAGUCCGACUUGAAAGCCAGAAGAAAGCCAGAUACAAGAAGAUGAUCCGCAAGCACAUCGACUUCCGCAAAUUAAGCUCAAGUAUUGGCAAUGGUUCUGUCUCCUCAGCCAAUGAAUUAUAUAGGGACUUGCUUCUCCUCUGCAACAAUGCCCUUGUCUUCUACCCAAAGAACUCCACCGAGCACAAGUCUGCACUCAUUCUUCGAGGUCUUGUGAAUAAGAAACUAAGGAGGAGUUUCAGUCCGCAUAGUCCAACCUACAGCUGUAGCGAUGAUGAAGGUGCAGUUUCAGAAAUUGCUGACAAACCCAAGAAGCUCAGAACUACACUUGAGGAUGGAGGUGCAGUUUCAGAAAAAGAUGACGAGCCCAAAAAGCUCAAAACUACGCUUGAGGAGAAUUUGAAAGUUUCUGGAGAAACAAAAGGAAAUCCAGCUAAAGAGAAUGCAACAGUUGCUGGAAAAGGUGAUGGAACUCCACAUAAGGAGAAUGCAGCAGUUGCUGGCCAAGGGGUCGGAACUGCACGUAAGGAGACUGCAGUGGUCACUGGAAAAAGGGCAGGAACUGUAACUCCACUUAAAGAGAACGCAACAGUUGGUGGAAAUCGGCGCAAGGAGAAUGCAGUAUCUGCAGGGAAAGGGGCUGCUGGGAUACUACGAAAGGAGAAGGCAGCAGUGGCUGGAAAAGGCAUUAAAACUCUACGUAAGGAGAACGAAACAGUUGCUGGCAAAGGAGUCGGAACUGCACUCAAGGGGACUGCAGUGGUCACUGGAAGAGGAGCAGGAACUGUAACUCCACUUAAAGAGAACGCAACAAUUGGUGGAAAUCUACGCAAGGAGAAUGCAAUGUCUGCAGGCAGAGGGGCAGGAACACUGCGAAGGGAGAAUGCAGCAGUCGUUGCUGGCAGACACAAAGGAUCCUUAUUGAAGGAGAAGGGUAAUAAUAACAAGCGAUCUCAAGCUGACGUAGCAGUGGAAUCUGCAGGUAAUAAGAAGAGGUGCAUCGGGCGUCCAGCGAACGGUGGGCAACGAGGUGGCAGGCGACCACGGUGGGCAACGAGGUGGCAGGCGACCGCAGGAGAGUGUGAACAAGGGAAGGAAGAGUGUUAAAAAUGGAUGACAACUGAUAUUAAAAUACAAAGGAUUAGCGUAUGUAGGGAAGUUCGUAAGGUAGUUGUUGGUAGGUCUGUGGAGUGUUUGGGUCUGGAAAAAUUCUGACCCUCUGUGUAUGUUAGUGGUAGGAAUGGAAAUCUUCUUUUAUGCUACAGUGAACGGUAACCGAAGUAUGCAAUGCAAGAGGAUUACCAAA